GCGACCGCGUUCCAAGGCCGUACUCGCUCCGUAGUCCUCUCCGCCCCCAAGACACGACGGCACGAUGGAUUACGACCGCUACGACGCCUUCCUCCACCACAUAUUCAAGCAGACCCAGGGCGACGCGUGGUUCCGCCCCAACGAGGACAACAUCGCAGUCGGUGUCGCUCUCCGCGUCGACAAUGGCGAGUACCGCGUCUUCCCCUACGAGAACCUCGGCCUCGAGCCCUUCGAGGCCGCCAUCCGCGUUCUCAACCCCGCCGUCGCCAUCAAGGUGCGCAGUGCGGCCGUGCACGCCGCGUUCUCGGAAGUAGGACCGGACGACAGGUCCAUCUACAUUGAUGCCAACACGCGCAUCCAAAUCCUGGACACUAUGGUCGACCUGCCGACCGCCGAUAAGGAGCAGAGCGCGGCGUUCAUCCGUGACGAGCGGGUGUUGGUGGUCUGGUCAGACUCCAUCGACAACAUCAUCCCGACAUGCCACGAUUUCGAGGAGCGUCUCAUCAAGCUGCUUUGGCGUUCACGACCAGGCGCGUUCCCUGGAUCGCACCCGACCAGCACGAACAGUCAUCCUGCCAGCGUAUCAGGCUCCGUCUCUGGCCACUCGCUACAGCACAUCAACACGCGUCUGUCGCAGUCGCAACUCCGGCGCAACUCCGUGCUUCCCAAUGCCACCGGCGCGUCCGGACUCGGGACGCCUGUGCCAGGCACGCCGCGUGGGGUCUUUAUUGGCUCCGGCGGUGUCCUCGGUAUGAGUGCGGAGGAUCUCGCGCUUGGCGAGGAGAAGGAUACAGACGUGAGGGAAGGGCAGGUCGGGCCGACGACGAAGACGAAGCGCACAUGGUAUGGCGGGAAGAAGACCGUCGUUGUGUCGGAGGCUGCGAGCACUGUAGACACGUAUGCUGACGUCGAGGCUGGACCUGAGCCAAGACGACCCAUGCUCCUCGCCCCGAUUUACAACGGCCUGGCUGCCGGUCUGAGUAUCUUCUUCAUCGGCAACGGUGUCAACAUCCUGCUCCAGGAGGUCGAGCUCGACGGCAACUACAUCCGCUUCGCGCUUUGUUCGGUCAUCCCGUUGUUCUUCUGCGUGUCUCUGUUCUUUUCCCUGCAGAUCAUCCAGAACGUCUCUAUGUGCAUCGGUCCUAUUGCCCAGUUCCACGAGAACUCUAAGUACUACUCCGCGGUCAAGCCUCGCGCGAACAAGGUCGUCGACAACAACCUGCCUCACGUCACCAUCCAGAUGCCGGUUUACAAGGAGAGCCUAGACAGUGUCUUGGCGCCUUCGAUCGAGUCGCUCAAGAAGGCCAUGCAGACGUACGCCCGCCAGGGUGGUACCUCCACGAUCUUCGUUAACGAUGAUGGUCUCCGACUCCUUCCCGUCGAGGAGCGUGACGCGCGCAUCAUGUUCUACGCGAACCACGGUAUCGGCUGGGUCGCGCGCCCGAAGCACGACGACUCGAACGACGGCUUCAAGCGUGCAGGUCGCUUCAAGAAGGCCUCCAACAUGAACUACGGUCUUGCUCUCUCGCUCAAGGCAGAACGGCACCUCGACGCGCUCCUCGUCCGCGAGAAGACGCGCCACUCCCAGGCUGGAUCCGUCGCUACGCGCAGCCUCCCCGGAAUUGGCGCUGUGAAUGAGGAGAUGCGGUACGGCAUGCAGUACCGCAACCACGAUGGCUCGGACCAAGGCGAGCUCAACCCCGGCUUCGGUGAACGCGUAAACCCUCCGGGCAGCGACGUUGGGUCGCAGGAUGAGUGGGACGACCUCGAGGAGCGCGCACUCCAGCUGGCCAUCGACGAGGUCUACGAGGCGAGCGGGCGGCGGUUCCGGCCAUGGGCCGCGAACGGGCGUGCGUGCCGUAUCGGCGAGAUCGUGCUCAUCGUGGACUCCGACACCAUCGUGCCCGAGGACUGCCUGCGGGACGCGGCGCGCGAGAUGGCGGAGUGCCCGACGGUGGCGAUCAUCCAGCACGAGUCUGACGUCAUGCAGGUCGCGCACCACUACUUCGAGAACGGCAUCGCGUACUUCACCCGGCGUAUCAACAGGUGCAUCUCGUUCGCGUGCGCGAACGGCGAGGUCGCGCCGUUCGUCGGGCACAAUGCGUUCCUCCGCUGGCGCGCGCUGCAGGACGCGGCGUUCAUCGACCCUGCUGAUGGGCACGAGAAGAUCUGGUCUGAAUCGAACGUGUCUGAGGACUUCGAUAUGGCGCUCCGGUUGCAGAUGCGUGGGUACAUCAUUCGUUGGGCUACCUACUCUCUGGGCGGCUUCAAGGAGGGUGUCUCCCUUACCGUCGACGAUGAGCUUAACCGCUGGCAGAAGUACGCCUAUGGAUGUAACGAGCUGCUCUUCAACCCGAUCAUCCAGUGGUGGCGCAAGGGCCCCAUCGCGCACCAGAUCCACCGCUUCCUGUGGUCGAACGCGCCCCUGCACUACAAGUUCUCGAUGAUGUCGUACAUGUUCUCGUAUUACGGUAUCGCCGCGGCUAUUACGAUCAGUAUUGUCAACUACAUCUUGCUCGGCUUCCAGUUCCCCGUGGAUGGCUACUACAUGCACAGUUUCGAGAUUUGGCUGUCGACGACGAUCGUGUUCAUCGGGUCCGGCAACGUCGGCUUCACGCUCCUCGAGUACCGUCUUGGCGAGAAGUCAUUGUUCACCGCGUUCUUCCAGAACAUCCUCUGGGUCCCCUUCUUCUUCUUCUUCUUCGGCGGGCUGUCCAUUCCGGUAUCGCAAGCGAUCCUCGCGCAUCUCUUCUCGUACAACAUCACCUGGGGCGCGACGAAGAAGGAAGUCGAGCGCUCGAACUUCUUCAAGGAAGUACCGAAGAUCUUCAAGCGGUUCUGGUUCAUGUGGCUCGUGUCCUGGAUCGUUGUCGCGGGCAUGGUCAUCCUGAGCACGUCGCUUGUGCCCUUCGAGUGGCGCAUAGACGGUUCGGCUUGGGCCGUCAUCUUCCCGCUCGCCGUCGUCGUAGGGUGCCAUAUCCUCUUCCCGAUCGUGCUCAACCCGUGGUUGAUGAUCUUCUCGUACUGAACGCGCGUUCUCCGUGUCAGGACCAGCACAUUUCCUAUUCGCCUGUCCAUAUACCAUUACGAUACCUCCCGGACGAUGACAGCCCGCAUAUCUCCCUACAUAGUACUCGCCCCGCCGCAUGGACUGCUCCCCCACCCUCCUUUGCCUCCCCGCACCGCACGGCGUGCGGCUCGCUCCUUACCCCCGUGCGGCGCGCCCUACUGCAGCGCCGCACGUUCCCGCCGUGCACGAACUGUUACCGUUCGCCCCCAUGCCCAUGACCCCCAUAUACGCUUCCCGUGUACGCUGCCCGGGUUCAUGGACUGAACGACUGCCCGCUACGUACGUCUGCGACUCUGCGUCGGCACUGCGCGCCCCGUCCUCCCCUCUCCCCUGUCCCGCUCGCCCGCCUACUGCUUAUACUGAUACUGCUACAUACAUCUCCGUGUUUGAUGCGCAGGUGCCGACGCGGCGUGCUACGACGUCGACGUCGUGGCUACGGCGUACUCUUACUGCUAUUUUUUCAUGUUGUCCUAUCACGUGUAUCUCCUUGUGUUUUCUGCUGCCGCACUCACGCUUACCUAGACCGCUUGCAAUGUCAAUCAUCC